AUGGGUGGAGAUGCCGCUUUGGCGUGGUGUUUGGAGAAGGCCACUGCACAAACGCGCCAUCACAUGAUCUAUGCAAAUGAUGACAUCAACGAGGAAAGCGCUCGUAGCCAAUCCUUCUUCCUUUAUCGUCACAGCGCUUUCACAUCAAGAAAUCAUAUGGCAAUGAGGCUCACCACAGAAUUUGUAACCAGGCCAAGGUACUAUCUACCAGUACCUGUACCUCUCAAUGAAUCAUGGCUCUCCCAGAGGCUCCACAUCUAUACAACACUCUUCCGCUGGACCACCACACAGCCUUCCAGAAUUAUUCAAUACCUAACUCAAGUAUGCCUUCUACAUCUCGGCAUGCAACAGAGAAUUGCCCCUACAAUGCAUCAAAGAUCCAACCCAGGUGUUUUCCUCUUCAUGCGCCAUCUAGAUCAAUCCUCUAGCUCAUUCUUCGACACUGGUCUCGUCUAA